UCUCCCAGAACCAGGAUGGCACUUCCUACGGGCAGGCGUGAGUAGCAGUGGAGACAGCACCAGACAUGUGGCUCUUCCUUGGGAUCGCUGGAUUGCUGACAGCAGUUCGCUCAGGUCUCCCAUCUCCAGCCCCAUCUGGCCAACACAAAAAUGGCAGCAUCCCGAACAUGCCCUUGGACCUAGUUCGCCUGGUGAACGGGAGCAGUCGCUGCAGCGGAUCUGUGAUGGUUCUACUAGAGUCCUGGGAGCCUGUGUGUGCGGCACACUGGAACUGGACUGCUACCGAGGCUGUGUGCAAAGCGCUGAACUGUGGUGAUUCGGGAAAGGUUACCUACCUGAUGCCACCCACCUCUGAGCUUCCACCAGGAGCCACUUCUGGGAACACUAGCAGCGCCGGGAAUACGACGUGGGCGCGGGCACCAACUGUGAGAUGCAGGGAAGCCAACUGGCAGUUCUGCAAGGUGCAGGACCAGGAGUGUAGCAGCGACAGGCGGCUGGUGUGGGUCACCUGCACAGAGAACCAAGCGGUGCGGUUAGUGGAUGGUAGCAGCCGCUGUGCUGGCCGAGUGGAGAUGCUGGAGCAUGGUAAAUGGGGUACCGUGUGCGACGACACGUGGGACCUGCAGGAUGCACACGUAGUGUGUAAGCAACUGAAGUGCGGCUGGGCAGUGAAGGCGCUGGCCGGCUUGCACUUCACCCCAGGCCAAGGACCCAUCCACCGCGACCAGGUGAACUGCUCUGGGACUGAGGCUUACCUGUGGGACUGCCCGGGACGGCCAGGAGACCAGUACUGUGGUCACAAGGAGGACGCAGGAGUGGUGUGCUCAGAGCACCAGUCCUGGCGCCUGACUGGAGGCAUUGACUCCUGCGAAGGGCAAGUGGAAGUGUACUUCCGGGGUGUCUGGAGCACAGUGUGUGACAGCGAGUGGUACUCAUCUGAGGCCAAAGUGCUCUGUCGGUCCUUGGGUUGCGGAUCAGCAGUGACUUGGCCCAGGGGGCUGCCACACUCCCUGGACGGUAGAAUGUACUACUCCUGCAAAGGACAGGAGCCUGCCCUCAGCAACUGUUCCUGGUGGUUCAACAACUCCAACCUGUGCAGCCAGUCGCAGGCAGCCAGGGUUGUCUGCUCAGGCUCCCAGAGACAUCUCAAUUUGUCUACUUCUGAAGUGCCUUCCAGAGUUCCAGUCACGAUAGAAUCUUCUGUGCCAGUGAGCGUGAAGGAUAAGGACUCACAAGAGCUGACACUUCUCAUUCUCUGUAUUGUCCUGGGAAUUCUCCUCCUUGUCUCCACCAUCUUCAUAGCUAUUCUUCUCUUGAGAGCCAAAGGACAAUACGCCCUCCCUGCUUCAGUGAACCACCAGCAACUGUCUACUGCCAACCAAACAGGGAUCAAUAACUACCAUCCUGUCCCUAUCACCAUUGCCAAAGAAGCUCCUAUGCUGUUCAUCCAGCCCCGGGUCCCUGCAGACUCGGACUCCAGUUCUGACUCCGACUAUGAGCACUAUGACUUCAGCUCCCAGCCGCCUGUGGCCCUGACCACCUUCUACAAUUCCCAGAGACACCGGGUCACAGAGGAGGAAGCUCAGCAGAACAGGUUUCAGAUGCCACCCUUGGAGGAAGGACUUGAAGAGUUGCAUGUUUCCCACAUCCCAGCUGCUGACCCCAGACCCUGUGUGAUAGAUGUCCCCUCUCGGAGCUCUCAGUACCACAUAAGGAACAACAGUGAUUCCAGCACCUCCUCUGAGGAGGGCUACUGCAAUGAUCCCAGCAGCAAGCCACCUCCAUGGAAUUCCCAGGCGUUUUUUUCUGAGAAGAGUCCCCUCACAGAGCAGCCCCCCAACUUGGAACUGGCUGGCUCUCCAGCAGUGUUUUCAGGGCCCUCAGCCGAUGACAGCUCCAGCACCUCAUCGGGAGAGUGGUACCAGAACUUCCAGCCACCACCCCAGCAUCCUCCAGCGGAACAGUUUGAAUGUCCAGGACCCCCUGGCCCCCAAACAGACUCCAUUGAUGAGGAGGAGGACUACGAUGACAUCGGAGCAGCCUAGCCUGGGUCCCCGAGGCUCCUGGGUGGCCCCUCCCUCUGCUCUCCUGUUCUAGCCCCUAGCAGAGGUAGAAGGGUAGGCAUUCUCCCAGCCCCUCAUCCUCCACCCAUCGAUUAACCUGCAGGA